ACAUAACAUCAAUGUGUUUGCAGGCCAAAAGCUCGACGAUAAAAUAUUGGAAUUUCGAGCGCCUUUCUACACAUUCUAAAGGGCACCGUCUCGUUGCAUUGAUUGGCUCAUGCCUCAACCUCCGACCGGUGGUCAACAUCCGGGAGGCGGUGGAGGAGGUGACGGAGGAGACGACUUAGGAUCUGGUGGAGGAGGUGACGGAGCAGACGAGUCAGGAUCUGGUGCUGACAAAGCAGAGGGGAAGGGGUCGGGCGGAGAGGGUUCUGGAGAAAAGCGAUCUGUCGGAAAGUGGUCAGGCGAAACAUCGUCGGAAUCAAAGGGGUCUGACGGAAAAGGAUCCGGUGGAAAGGGGUCGGGCGGAAAGGGGUCGCGCGGAAAGUGUAGAAAGUUCGGGAGUCACGAGUCUACGAGAACUGAAAGCCACUGCGAAGGGAGUCGAGAUUCCGACAUGCGAGACGAGGCCACCCUGAGGUCUUAUCAAGUGAGAGUAGAUUCGCACUUGUCUGCGAGGACUUUGUUUUGCGAUGUCGAGGAGAGUCCGUGCCACAGUACGCAGCCGGCAUAUCCUGUGGACGACACCUUGCUCAGGCACCUCUUGGAAGAAGGCGAACGUCUGCAGUGUACGACAGCAUCUCCUGAGCGGCAAAACCAUUCCUUACCGGGAACUGCGUCUUCGUUUUGCCUGGACACCGGGACGCCUACAUUGCGAAGGAGCGAAGGUGCCAGCAUCAGUUCCUUCAACUCUGGCGAGCGCCGCAAAGUCCGAAUAAAUUCGGAGUUACUGACGUCGCCUUGCGGGCCGUCCGCCGGUAGUGCUCCUCACGCUACACUUCUGCGGGGUGAAGAAAAUGUGAGGUCCAAGCCCCUGCAUAUUCAGUUCGGCACUGUGUUCCCCUGCUCACCGCCGUUCUCAAAUGUUGAGACUCAAGACUGGUCGUCUUGCAAAGUGAUGGAGGGGCCCGCUGCAGGAGCGUUGGAGACCGGGGCUAGCGAGUAUGAACGUCAUGCUUCAGAGGGUGCGUCCAUCGAUUUUGAGAGCAAGAGUACAGCAGCUCCGGGGCAAGAGGAACUCUCACAGGAAACGCAUGUUGUGCAGCGGGAAGAGGAGACUCAACACUAGCCACCUCGCAAAGUGCUAGAGGGGCUCGAUGCAGGAGUCUUGGAGACCG